CACAUUUCCUUUCAAGAUGGCGGAUACUCUCCCUUCGGAGUUUGAUGUGAUCGUAAUAGGGACGGGUUUGCCUGAAUCCAUCAUUGCAGCUGCAUGUUCAAGAAGUGGCCAGAGGGUUCUGCAUGUUGAUUCAAGAAGCUACUAUGGAGGAAACUGGGCCAGUUUUAGCUUUUCAGGAAUACUGUCCUGGCUAAAGGAAUACCAGGAAAAUAGUGAUGUUGUGAAUGAAAGCCCAGCAUGGCAAGAGCAGAUUCUUGAAAAUGAAGAAGCCAUUGUUCUUAGCAGGAAGGACAAAACCAUUCAACAUGUGGAAGUGUUUUGUUAUGCCAGUCAGGAUUUACAUGAAGAUGUUGAAGAAGCUGGUGCACUGCAGAAAAAUCAUGCUUCUGUGAUAUCUGGAAGCCCCACAGAAGCUGCACAUUCCGCCUAUCUGCCUUCAGAAGAUGAGUCAUUAUGCACUGUGAGCUGUGAAAUGCCCACAGAACAAACUCCAAGCAGUGAUCUAGAGCCUGCCCUAGAAAUAAACGAUGUGGAAGUAACAGGGGAAAAAGAAAAACGUUAUGACGAUAAAACUUGUGUGAAGUCAGCUUCAGAAGAAGAAACAAGUGAAAAUGUGCCUACAGCAGAAGACACUGCAUUGCCACCAAAGAAAAAUAGGAUUACUUACUCACAAAUUAUUAAAGAAGGCAGGAGAUUUAAUAUUGAUUUGGUAUCAAAACUGCUGUAUUCUCGAGGAUUGCUAAUUGAUCUUUUAAUCAAAUCUAAUGUAAGUCGAUAUGCAGAGUUCAAAAAUAUUACCAGGAUUCUUGCAUUUCGAGAAGGAAGAGUGGAACAGGUUCCUUGUUCUAGAGCAGAUGUCUUUAAUAGCAAACAACUUACUAUGGUAGAAAAGCGAAUGCUAAUGAAGUUUCUUACAUUUUGUAUGGAGUAUGAAAAACAUCCUGAUGAAUAUAAAGCCUAUGAGGAGAUUACAUUUUCUGAGUAUUUAAAAACUCAAAAAUUAACCCCCAACCUCCGGUACUUUGUCCUUCAUUCAAUUGCAAUGACAUCAGAGACAGCCUGCAAUACCGUAGAUGGUCUCAAAGCUACCAAAAACUUUCUUCGCUGUCUUGGGCGGUAUGGCAACACUCCAUUUUUGUUUCCUUUAUAUGGCCAAGGAGAACUUCCUCAAUGUUUCUGCAGGAUGUGUGCAGUGUUUGGUGGAAUCUAUUGUCUUCGCCAUUCAGUACAGUGCCUUGUUGUGGACAAAGAAUCCAGAAAAUGUAAAGCAAUCAUAGAUCAGUUUGGUCAGAGAAUAAUCUCUAAGCAUUUCCUUGUGGAGGACAGUUACUUUUCUGAGAACACAUGCUCACAUGUACAAUACCGGCAGAUCUCCAGGUCAGUCCUGAUUACAGAUAGAUCUGUACUAAAAAUGGAUUCAGAUCAACAGAUUUCCAUUUUGACAGUGCCAGGAGAGGAACCAGGAACUUUUGCUGUUCGAGUCAUUGAGUUGUGUCCUUCAACAAUGACAUGCAUGAAAGGCACAUAUUUGGUUCAUUUGACUUGUACAUCUUCUAAAACAGCAAGAGAAGAUUUAGAACCAGUUGUGCAGAAAUUGUUUACUCCAUAUACUGAAACGGAGAUAGAAAAUGAAGAAGUUGAAAAACCAAGACUUCUGUGGGCUCUUUACUUCAAUAUGAGAGAUUCUUCAGAUGUCAGCAGGAACUCUUAUAAUGAUUUACCUUCCAACGUUUAUGUCUGCUCUGGUCCAGACUGUGGUUUAGGAAAUGAUAAUGCAGUCAAACAGGCUGAAACACUUUUCCAGCUAAUCUGCCCCAAUGAAGACUUCUGUCCACCCCCACCAAAUCCUGAAGACAUUAUCAUUGAUGGGGACAGUUUACAAUCAGAGACUUCUGAAUUCAGUGUCAUACCAGAAGCUAACUCAGAGACUCCCAAGGAAAGCACAAGCCUGGGAAACCCAGAGGAGGCCUCUCAGUAAUGGACAUAUGCCAAACUGAAUAUCCCACUUUGGAAAUCCCUCCUGGCCUCAGAGUCUUCUUCAUGGAAGAACUGUUUGAAAAAUGUUAGAAAACAGCAGCCAGUUGGCAUAAUUACCGAGAGAAGCAGGUCAUAGAAAUCCAAAAGGGGAUUUUCCUUAAAGAGGACAUUGUAAGAACACAAAACACUUUAAAGCACAUUGGCUUGCCUGCUUUAAGUUACCAAACCUGUAGAAUUAGCAGAUAAAUAUAAAUGGAUGGGUUCCCAGGAGUAUAGUAGCUAUGGAUAUGAAAGUGUACCUAUGCAUUGUUAAUAAUUCUGUCAUAUUCAGAAAGCUUUUGCUUACCACUUUGGAUCUUUGAAAGCCACAUCUUCAGAAUCAGAUCACAUAUUCCCUUUGAUUAUUUUAAUUCUAUUUUCUUCAUGGGUAUGGGCAUGAUGACACCAAUGAUAAAAGCACAUGUAAAUGUAGUUGAGGAAAGCUAAAGUAUCAUGAUCGAGGCAGGAGCCUGUGUUUGGAAUAGAGGUUUGGUUUGUUUUCUAUCUUGAGAACUCUUAAAAAUGCCAAUAUUAAAGUAUACAUUUUUACAAAUAAACCAUGAAUCCAUUACUCAA